AUGUCUUUGUGGGUUGAUAAGUAUCGUCCCAAGACAUUAGCGCAAUUGUCAUAUCAUGAUCGGAUUUCUCAGAAUUUAAAGGCAUUAUCAGCUUCGGGAGAUUUCCCCCAUCUUCUAGUUUAUGGACCAACUGGUGCGGGCAAAAAGACCAGAGUUUAUGCUACAUUACAGGAAAUUUUUGGUUCAGCAGUGGAAAGACUUAAGAUUGACGUUAAAACAUUCACAACAUCAUCAAAUCGGAAAUUAGAGUUUAAUGUCAUUAGUUCGCCUUAUCAUUUAGAAAUUACUCCAUCUGAUAUGGGUAAUAAUGAUAGAGUGGUUAUUCAAGAUUUAUUGAAGGAUGUUGCAAGUACUGAACAAGUUGAUUUUACUUCUUCGAAAGUUAAACAUAGAUUUAAAGUGGUUGUGAUUAAUGAAGCUGAUUGUCUUAGUAGAGAUGCUCAAGCAGCUUUGAGAAGAACAAUGGAAAAGUAUUCUGCCAAUACAAGAUUGAUUUUGGUUUGUAAUUCAAUUUCAAAUAUUAUUCCUCCUAUUAAAUCUAGAACACUUUUGGUUAGAAUACCCAAACCUACAAUUGAAGAAAUUGGGGAUAUCUUAAAUAUGGUAGCUAAAAAGGAACAAGUGAAAUUUAAUUCAAAUGACCCUCAAGCUAUUACCAGUUUCCUUAAUAAUUUAGCAGAGAAAUCAGAUAGAAAUCUUAGACGAUCAUUAUUAGCAUUUGAAACUAUUAGUAUGCAAAACGAAACCAUCCCAAUAACAAAUAAUUCUGGACCUCAAUUAACUCUAGAUUGGGAAAUUAUCAUUAGUGGUAUAGCUGAUGCUGUUUUGAAAAGUAGAUCCGUUGCCACAUUAGCCAAACUAAGGGAUGCAUACUAUGAAUUGUUGGCACAUUGUAUACCAGCUAAAAUUAUUCUCAAGACUUUAUUAUUCAAUUUAAUUGAAAAACUUGGAGAUUCUAAUGUGGUACCCAAAUUAGUUGAAUUGGCAUCUGAUUAUGAUGAAAGACUUAGUCUUGGUCAAAAGAGUAUAUUUCAUUUGGAAGGAUUUACUGCUAAUGCCAUGGUGGCAUUAGAAAGUUAA